CGCGCACCCCCGCGUAUGAACGCGCGCGCGCGCCCACCGCACCCGCGCACACGCAGCAACAGCCCAUGGCCGCCGAGCCCGGGGCGCUGGCGUUGCACGAAUCCGCGAGGGCACUUGCGGCCUCGGUGCAGCCGCAGGUGGCCGCCGUGCUCUUCGUGUCCGCGGCGUGCACGGUGGCGCUCGCCGCCCUCCUGGCCGUGCUGCGGCUGCGCCCGCCGUGGUGGUGCGCGUGCCCCGUCUGCGAGGCCUACCUGACGGCGUCGUGGGCCGGCGAGUUCGACAACCUCUGCGACUGGUACGCGCACCUGCUGCGCGCCUCGCCGGCGCAGACCGUGCACGUCCACGUCCUCCGGAACGUGCUCACCGCCAACCCGGCCACCGUCGACCACAUGCUGCGCGCCCGCUUUGACAACUACCCCAAGGGCGCGCCCUUCUCGGCCAUCCUCGCCGACUUCCUCGGCCGCGGGAUCUUCAACGUCGACGGGGACGCGUGGCUCUUCCAGCGCAAGCUCGCCGCGGCCGAGCUCGCCUCGCCGGCGCUGCACGCCUUCGCCGUGCGUGUCGUGGCCUCCGAGCUGCGGGGCCGGCUCGCCCCCCUGCUCGACUCUGCCUCCCGGGAGGGCAGGGGCCGGGUGCUCGAUCUGCAGGACGUGUUCCGCCGCUUCGCCUUCGACUGCAUAUGCAAGAUCUCUUUCGGGCUCGACCCCGGCUGCCUCGAGCUGUCGAUGCCGGUGUCGUCGUUCGAGAACGCGUUCGACGUGGCCUCCACGCUCUCCGCCAGGCGCGCCACCGUGCCCAUGCAGAUCAUCUGGAGGCUCAAGCGCUUCUUCAGCUUGGGGGACGAGAGGAAGCUCCGGGACGCGGUGCGCCUCGUCGACAGGCUCGCCGAGGAGGUCAUCCGGCAGCGCCGCAAGCUCGGCGGCGUAGCCUCGGGCAGCGACCUCCUGUCGCGCUUCAUGGGUUCCAUCAACGACGACAAGUACCUCCGCGACAUCGUCGUCAGCUUCAUGCUCGCCGGCCGCGACACCGUCGCCUCGGCGCUAACCGCCUUCUUCCUGCUCCUCUCCGAUCACCCGGAGGUCGCCGCGGCCAUCCGGGACGAGGUCGCCCGCGUCGCCGGCGACGCCGACCGGCUCACGGCCUCCACCUUCCACAAGCUCAAGGGCAUGCACUACGUGCACGCGGCACUGUACGAGAGCAUGCGGCUGUUCCCGCCGGUGCAGUUCGACUCCAAGUUCGCCGCCGGCGACGACAAGCUCCCGGACGGCACGGCCGUGGCGAAGGGCACCCGGGUCACCUACCACGCCUACGCCAUGGGCCGCAUGGAGUCCGUGUGGGGCCCCGACUGCGGCGAGUUCCGGCCCGAGCGCUGGCUCCGGGACGGCCGGUUCGUCCCGGAGAGCCCGUACCGGUACCCCGUCUUCCAGGGCGGCGCGCGCGUGUGCAUCGGCAAGGAGCUGGCCCUCAUGGAGAUGAAGGCCGUCAUCGUCGCCGUGGUCCGGAGCUUCGACGUCGAGGCGAUCGAGCGGAGCUCCCGGCGGCCCAGGUUCGCGCCGGGGCUGACCGCCACGUUCGCGGGCGGGGUACCGGUGCGAGUGCGCCGGCGAGCACGUGAGAGCGGGGACGGCCCGCCAAUCUGACGAAACGGAAUAAAAAACUGUUGGUGUCAUCACGAUUCUCCCCCCUCAACUUUGCCUGCCAUCAUCUUUCCCGUCCCAUAUUCAAAACGGAAUAUCGCAUUGGGGGGGGGGGGUGCUAGAUUAUGUGACGCGCCUGUAAUCCAGUGCCUGUCGAUUGUCAGCGAUGACUCCGUGGCCACUCGCCCCCGCCGGUGAUGUGAGUGCGCCGGCGCUCGGCCGCACGGAGCAGCCGCAGACGAUUAGUCAGUCUUCCAUCGUCUCCACUUGAGCUACUACUAGUAGAUUGGUAGUAAUGGCAAUAGAUUCCUAGAAUUGAUCGGAA